GCUGAUCACGUGAUGUGGUAAAAGGCCAGUCACAGCGGCAUUUUACCACGUGAUCAGCUGUGUCCAAUGACACGCUGAUCACCGGGAAAUGCAAUUGCCGGUUCUCGGCUGCACUUGUCAGAGCAGGGAUCGGCACUGAUGAUCAGUGCCCAGCAGUGCCACCCACCAGUUCCGCCCACCUGUGCCCAGCAGUGCCGCCCACUAGUGCCCAGCGGGGCCACCCACCAGUGCCAACCAGCAGUGCCACCCACCUGUGCCCAGCAGUGCCACCCACCUGUGCCCAGCAGUGCGACCCACCUGUGCCCACCAGUGCCACCCUGCAGUGCCCAUGAAUGCAGUGCUGCCAGUCAGUGCCACCAGUCAGUGCCCAGAGGUUGUGCAAGUCAGUGCCCAUCAGUUGCAUCAGUCAAUGCCUAGCAGUGCCACCAGUCA